AUGGCAUUUUGGGACCUGUUUUUGGUGGCAUUAGUGCCUGUUCUGGAGACACUAUUGAUCACUCUUCUUGGUUUGUUCAUUGCUACCGAACGUUUUAAUCUCUUGAGAGACAUUGAUGCAAGAAACUAUCUCAACAACAUAGUUUAUUACAUUUUCACUCCGGCACUUAUCGCUGCCCAAUUGGCCGAAACAAUAACGUAUGAUCGAUUGGUUGAAAUGUGGUUUAUGUUUGUGAAUAUCUUCUUAACGUUCGUGGUUGGAUCCGUGUUGGGUUGGAUGCUUAACAAAAUUGCAAGAACUCCUCAACAUCUUCGUGGCCUCGUCAAUGGUUGUUGCACUGCUGGAAAUUUGGGAAAUUUGGUUCUUAUAAUUGUGCCGGCGGUUUGUGAUGAGAGUGAUAGCCCAUUUGGUGAUUCAUCCACUUGUGAAACAUAUGGUGACGCUUAUGCAUCUGUCUCUGCUGGAGUGUCUUCACUUUUUGUUUGGACAUAUUUGUAUAUCAUCAUGGGGGCAAAUAUGGAAAGGAACACUGAAAUUAUGAACACUUGUAGUGAUUACUCAACCAUCACUGAAUCAUUGAUUAUUCCUUCAACAAACAUAGUCAGCUCUGAUAACAUUUCUAUUCAAUAUGAUGAGUCAAUAUCUAAUAACAGAAUUGGGAACAAGAUGUCAUUCUUGGAUUAUAUUACAUGGCCAAUUACAAAAUGUAAUAAAUAUAUCAAGCUGGAGAUGGUGUUUACGCCAUCAACAAUUGCAGUGAUUCUAGGAUUUAUCAUUGGAGCAGUCUCUCCAAUUCAAAAGCUGAUGGUUGGUGAUGAUGCUCCUCUUCGUGCUAUUAUCAAAUCUAUAGCUUUGGUAGGGGAGGGAACAAUUGUGUCCAUGACUUUGAUAGUAGGAGCAAAUCUUCUUGAUGGUUUAAAGCAAUCAGGAAUAAGCUGGUAUCUAAUAAUAGGGAUUAUGGUAGUGCGGUUCAUAUUAUCACCAUUAUUGGGUGUUUUGAUUGUUAAGGCUGCAUAUUAUUGGGGAUUGGUUGGAUCAUACAAUUUAUAUCAGUUUGUUCUUAUGCUUCAAUAUGCACUUCCUCCUGCAACUUCUGUAGGAACAAUUGCUCAGUUGCUUGGGGUUGCUGAAAGUGAAUGUUCCUUAAUAAUGCUAUGGACCUAUGCAGUUUCUACAUUUACUCUCACUCUUUGGUGCACUUUCUUCAUGUGGAUGCUUGACUGA